AUGCAGAAAUGCAUGAAGACACUGAAUGUUCUCUAUAAACUGCUGGAGAAGAUACAAAAGGAGGGAGAGAAGCUUUUGGAGAAGGGUGACGAGAGCGCAAAGGAAGAAAUGAAGACGAGGAUGAAGGAGGUAGAGAGGAAGGAGAAGGCGGGAUCAAGGUAGAGAGAUGUGGUGGAGGAGGAGAUCCAGAGGGUGAGGAAGGAAGACAGAGAAAUGAAGAAGAGGGAGGAGGUAGAGAUGAAACACAAGGGUCUGGAAAGGUGCAACUUAGGUAGAACUCCAAGUGAUUCAAGGUUGCUGCAUUAAUGUCAGGGGAACAUAGCAGGGGUUAAUGACUUGAAAUUCCACAUGAUUAUUGCAUUUCCAUUUUAGUGUGUUGCACUUGCUUUCAGCAGCAUCUAUGAGUCACAUGAUUAUGAACCAAGGACACAGUUGGUUCCUGAUGUUGUGAGAUUCUCUCUGGUGUUUACAGAACAACUGGUGCUGUGAGAUUAGGAUAUUAUGAUUCAAGGAUGCUGUCAGGAUUUGGAUAUCAGGACCUGCUUAGACAAAGCAACUGUAACAGUAGUAGCAAAGGAUGCAAUAUAUGUGAAAAUGUAUGGCUGCUACAUGAUGCAUGGAAUGCUAAGGCAUAAAUGUGUUAAAGCGUGUAUUCUUAUUCUAAAUGUACAGUUGAAAUCAGAAGUUUACAUAAACUUAGGUUGGAGUCAUUAAAACUCGUUUUUCAACCACUCCACAAAUUUCUUGUUAACAAACUAUAGUUUUGGCAAUUCGGUUAGGACAUCUACUUUGUGCAUGACACAAGUAAUUUUCCCAAAAAUUGUUUACAGACAGAUUAUUUCACUUAUAUCACAAUUCCAGUGGGUCAGACGGUAGUCUGCUGUCCCCAGCGUCUAGCUAGCCAUGCCUUGCUAGUGCCACCUACUUCAGCAAACAGGCUAACGACAUGGCUUUUCCCACAGAAACGACUAUUAGUUACCAUCCCGGUGGAGCAGAGAGAUGUCUUUCCAAAAGGGAAAGAACCCCUCUUCCAUCAAAGUUCAUGGAAAAGGAUCAAUAGGUGGGAUGGAGAAUCAGGUAACUAGCUAGAAGCUAAUGUUAUCAAACUAACAUCUGCUGUCUGAUGAAAUCCUGCCUUUUGAAAAAGAGUGUUGCAAUGAUUGAACAUGAUGCACUGUUUUCCUGAUCAGGCCAAAUUGUAGUAGCUAGCUAGCUAUAACAAGGUCUAGCUAAAUUAUUUUUGUUCUCUGCAAAAUGAAGAAAAUGACCCGGUCUUUGUCUUUCUCAGGAGGAAGGCGUUCACAAUAAGAGGUCCACAUCUUCUCCACAGGGUGGCGUAAAGAAAAGAUCUGCCUUCGUUGACAUCACCAUUGACCAAGGGUUUUCAACUGUGGUGCUUGUGGAUGUGUAAAUUGAUUCUGAAAAUAACCUGUGGUUAAACUGUUGCCAAUAUUAAUCUUUCAACAGGAGACAUUUUCAAAUAUAUAUUACAUAUUUCAAAAUAUCGCAUUUAUAACUACAGAUUCCACAGCGAUUUUGUAACUCAUACUUGGACAAGCAAUAUUAUAUAAAUAUUUCAGAAAAUAUCUCCAUUAUACCAGUUGAGGAUGUACUGGAAAUGUCAUAACGUACAAACACUGCACACCUGACACUGUUUCAAAGCAGUUUCCGGAAUCAUUGAGGGGAUUAGAUUAAUCUGGCCUGGGUAGGCUUGACAUAAUUAAGCACUUUGAGUAAUGCGUAGAAUUCUGUGUUUUCACAUGCAAAAGUGAUUGCUUUUGAUAAAUGCUUUAUCUGCCUUCCCAAUGAAAACAACUAGUUUGAAAAUUCAAACAUGUUUUAUUGAAAAUAUAUAUUGCAUGUGUCUAGACGAUGCACAAUGCUGCCUUGUUGACAACAGCACUGCAGAUUACUGUUCGAUUUGAGAAGGGCGCUCCUCCCUCGCCGUAUUUGCCCGUUCAUGUCACGGGCAAUAGACCAGUGCCCCGUGGUUUAGCAUGAUCGAAUAAUCCCAUUAUUAGAGUUUUGAAUAAAUAGCUGAUUUCUGGGAAGGGGCCCAAAGCCAUUGUAAGAGGGUGUUGGUCAAUACUGAGCGCUGCAUCACAAUAAUAAAUUGCCAAGAGUGGGACAUUUUUCCAUAGAUGUUUGUUUUUGUCUUGAUCCCAACCCUUCCUAAUAUUGAGUUGCCCCCACUUUUGCCCACAGAACAGCCUCAAUUCGUUGGGGCAUGGACUCUACAAGAUGUUGAAAGCAUUCCACAGGGAUGCUGGCCCAUGUUGACUACAAUGCUUCCCACAGUUGUGUAAAGUUGGCUGGAUGUCCUUUGGGCGGUGGACAAUUCUUGAUACACAUGGGAAACUGUUGAGUGUGAAAAACCCAGCAGCUUUGCAGUUCUUGACACAAACCGGUGUGCCUGGCACCUAUUACCAUACCCCGUUCAAAGGCACUUAAAUAUUUUGUCUUACCCAUUCACCCUCUGAAUGGCACACAUACACAAUCCAUGUCUCAAUUGUCUCGAGGAUUAAAAAUCAUUCUUUAACCUGUCUCCUCCCCUUCAUCUACAAUGAUUUGAAGUGGAUUUAACAGGUGACAUCAAUAAGGGAUCAUAGCUUUCACCUGGUCAGUCUGUCAUGGAAGGAGCAGGUGUUCCUAAUGUUUUGUACACUCCGUGUGUAUAUAUUUAAUUAUUGUUGUGUAAUUUUUAAGCAGCUUUGAUCCUAUAAAUGUUGCCAGUAUGUGUAAUGAAUGGUGUAGCACUGCUAGAUUGGUACCCUAUUUACUGCUAGAUUGGUACCCUAUUUACUGCUAGAUUGGUACCCUAUUUACUGCUAGAUUGGUACCCUAUUUGCCCCUUUAAAAUGUAGACGUGUCUUCUGAGGAAAUGUAACAAUCUGAAUGGUCAUAAAGAUUUACUGUUGUCUCUCUCAUUUACCCGUUUUGAAUAGGCUACCAAGAUCCAAAUGAACAACCAGACCAAGAUUGAGAAGCCUGCCAAGAAGGCACUUAGGAGCAAAGAAGCUGCCAAGAAUGAAGCUAAUCUGAAAGAGUAAUGUUUCUCAGAGCCAUUUCUUCACCACACUGAUCAUCACUCACUGAAAGCUUAAGAUCUAGAUUGGAUAGAAUGGGUUCGACACGGUCACUGACGAGGUGACACAAAAUGCCCAUUUCGGUUUCUCAUUGUGGAGUGGAGCAAGUGGCUCGGAUAUCUUCUAGUUAGAACACACAGAAAACGACCGGAGGUCUAUCCGAUAGGGUUAGAAUUAGAUCAGUCUACUCUAAUGGGAUAAUUAUCUGACUAAUGAGCAUUUGUAAUGUUUCCAUCAACUAGGAUGUCCAUUAAUUUGUUCAGUUCAAAACAGCCUAAACUACUGUAGCUACAGUGCAUUCAGACCCCUUGACUUUUUCCACAUUUUGUUACGUUACAGCUUUAUUCUAAAAUUGAUAAUAUCGUUUUCCCUCUCAAUCUACACACAAUACCCAAUGAUGACAAAGCAAAAACAGGUUUUUAGACAUUUUUGCACAAAAUAAAAAUGGAAAUAUCACAUUUACAUAAGUAUCCAGACCCUUUACUCAGUACUUUGUUGAAGCACAUUUGGCAGCGAUUACAGCCUUGAGUCUUCUUGGGUAUGAUGCUACAAGCUUGGCACACCUGUAUUUGGGGAGUUUCUCCCAUUGUUCUCUGCAGAUCCUCUCAAGCUCUGUCAGGUUGGAUGGGGAGCGUCGCUGCACAGCUCUUUUCAGGUCUCUCCAGAGAUGUUCGAUCGGGUUCAAGUCCGGGCUCUGGCUGGGCCACUCGAGGACAUUCAGAGAGUUGUCCCGAAGCCACUCCUGCGUUGUCUUGGCUGUGUGCUUAGGGUCGUUGUCCUGUUGGAAGGUGAACCCUCGCCCCAGUCUGAGGUCCUGAGUGCUCUGGAGAAGGUUUUCAUCAAGGAGCUCUCUGUACUUUUGCUCCGUUCAUCUUUCCCUCGAUCCUGACUAGUCUCUCAGUCCCUGCCGCUGAAAAACAUCCCCACAGCAUGAUGCUGCCACCACCAUGCUUCCCCGUAGGGAUGGUGCCAGGUUUCCUCCAGACGUGACGCUUGGCAUUCAGGCCAAAGAGUUAAAUCUAGGUUUCAUCAGACCAGAGAAUCUUGUUUCUCAUUGUCUGAGAGUCCUUCAGGUGCCUUUUGGCAAACUCCAAGCGGACUGUCAUGUGCCUUUUACUGAGGAGUGGCUUCCGUCUGGCCACUUUACCAUAAAGGCCUGAUUAGUGGAGUGCUGCAGAGAUGGUUGAUCUUCUGGAAGAUUCUCCCAUCUCCACAGAGGAACUCUGGAGCUCUGUCAGAGUGACCAUCGGGUUCUUGUUGCUCAAUUUGGCCGGGCAGCCAGCUCUAGGAAGAGUCUUGGUGGUUCCAAACUUCUUCCAUUUUAAGAAUGGUAGAGGUCACUGUGUUCUUGGGGACCUUCAAUACUGCAGAAAUGUUUUGGUACCCUUCCCCAGAUCUGUGCCUCAAUACAAUCCUGUCUCGGAGCUCUACGGACAAUUCCUUCGACCUCAUAGCUUGGUUUUUUCUCUGACAUGCACUGUCAACUGUGGGACCUUUUAUAUAGAUAGGUGUGUGCCUUUCCAAAUCAUGUCCAAUCAAUUGAAUUUACCACAGGUGGACUCCAAUCAAGUUGUAGAAACAUCUCAAGGAUGAUCAAUGGAAACAGGAUGCACCUGAGCUCAAUUUCGAGUCUCAUAGCAAAGGGUCUGAAUACUUAUGUAAAUAAGGUACUUGUUUAUUUUUAGUAAAUCUGCAAACAUUUCAAAUAAACAGUUUUUUCUUUGUCAUUAUGGGGUAUUGUGUGUAGAUUGAUGAGGGGGGGAAUAAUUUCAUCAAUUUUAGAAUAAGCUGUAACGUAACAAAAUGUGGAAAAAGUCUAGGGGUCUGAAUACUUUCUGAAUGCACUGUAUAUCAGAUGUCUCCAUUUUGUGUUUGUAUAUGUUCUCUCCCCAAAACAGCUAAAACCUUUCUUUCUUUUUUUUGUAGGCCUAAAGCUGUGUGCUCUAAUGGGCAAUCUAAGAAGUUGGAGGUGGGCCUAUCCCCAGAGAAAGACCUGGUGGUAUGGCCACAGGAGGAGACCGCUCUAUUCCCAGGGAGACCGGUGAGAGACAGACACACAUCCAUGCUAUCAGCCCUCUGGGUUCAACAAGGCAGUCAUUCUCCUCUGCCUGUGUCCUAUUCCCAGGUGAUGCCUGACGAGUUUGACAUUAACAAGGAACUCCAUGGUGACGUUUCCAUGAGCGCCGAGUAUGCCAAGGAAAUAUUUGACUACCUGAGGGCGAGAGAGGUAAGUUGUUGUCUUGGGGCGUUUUAAUAUGGUGGAGGAUAAUACAUCCUCUGAAUGAAAUGUUAUAAUUUUUCUUCAGGAGAAGUUUGUUUUAAAGGAUUACUUGAACAGUCAGCCGGACUUGAACAAAGACAUGAGAGGGAUUCUGGUGGACUGGAUGGUUGAACUUCAGGUUAGUUUUGGUUCCAGAUAACUUUGUUUGGUUGGCUGAUUGAUUCUCAUCACACCAACAUGUGUUUUGGUUAUACAGUGAGGGAAAAAAGUAUUUGAUCCCCUGCUGAUUUUGUACGUUUGCCCACUGACAAAGACAUGAUCAGUCUAUAAUUUUAAUGGUAGGUUUAUUUGAACAGUGAGAGACAGAAUAACAACAACAAAGUCCAGAAAAACGCAUGUCAAAAUGUUAUAAAUUGAUUUGCACUUGAAUGAGGGAAAUAAGUAUUUGACCCCUCUGCAAAACAUGACUUAGUACUUGGUGGCAAAACCCUUGUUGGCAAUCACAGAGGUCAGACGUUUCUUGUAGUUGGCCACCAGGUUUGCACACAUCUCAGGAGGGAUUUUGUCCCACUCCUCUUUGCAGAUCUUCUGCAAGUCAUUAAGGUUUCGAGGCUGACGUUUGGCAACUCGAACCUUCAGCUCCCUCCACAUAUUUUCUAUGGGAUUAAGGUCUGGAGACUGGCUAGGCCACUCCAGGACCUUAAUGUGCUUCUUCUUGAGCCACUCCUUUGUUGCCUUGGCCGUGUGUUUUGGGUCAUUGUCAUGCUGGAAUACCCAUCCAUGACCCAUUUUCAAUGCCCUGGCUGAGGGAAGGAGGUUCUCACCCAAGAUUUGACGGUACAUAGGCCCCGUCCAUCAUCCCUUUGAUGCGGUGAAGUUGUCCUGUCCCCUUAGCAGAAAAACACCCCCAAAGCAUAAUGUUUCCACCUCCAUGUUUGACGGUGGGGAUGGUGUUCUUGGGGUCAUAGGCAGCAUUCCUCCUCCUCCAAACACGGCGAGUUGAGUUGAUGCCAAAGAGCUUGAUUUUGGUCUCAUCUGACCACAACACUUUCACCCAGUUCUCCUCUGAAUCAUUCAGAUGUUCAUUGGCAAACUUCAGACGGGCCUGUAUAUGUGCUUUCUUGAGCAGGGGGACCUUGCGGGCGCUGCAGGAUUUCAGUCCUUCACGGCAUAGUGUGUUACCAAUUGUUUUCUUGGUGACUAUGGUCCCAGCUGCCUUGAGAUCAUUGACAAGAUCCUCCCAUGUAGUUCUGGGCUGAUUCCUCACCGUUCUCAUGAUCAUUGCAACUCCACGAGGUGAGAUCUUGCAUGGAGCCCCAGGCCGAGGGAGAUUGACAGUUAUUUUGUGUUUUUUCCAUUUGCGAAUAAUUGCACCAACUGUUGUCACCUUCUCACCAAGCUACUUGAUGAUGGUCUUGUAGCCCAUUCCAGCCUUGUGUAGGUCUACAAUCUUGUCCCUGACAUCCUUGGAGAGCUCUUUGGUCUUGGCCAUGGUGGAGAGUUUGGAAUCUGAUUGAUUGAUUGCUUCUGUGGACAGGUGUCUUUUAUACAGGUAACAAGCUGAGAUUAGGAACACUGCCUUUAAGAGUGUGCUCCUAAUCUCAGCUCAUUAGCUGUAUAAAAGACACCUGGGAGCCAGAAAUCUUUCUGAUUGAGAGGGGUCAAAUACUUAUUUCCCUCAUUAAAAUGCAAAUCAAUUUAUAACAUUUUUGACAUAAGUUUUUCUGGAUUUUUUUGUUGUUAUUCUGUCUCUUACUGUUCAAAUAAACCUACCAUUAAAAUUAUAGACUGAUCAUUUCUUUGUCAGUGGGCAAACGUACAAUAUCAGCAGGGGAUCAAAUACUUUUUUCCCUCACUGUAGCUGCCCUAACACAUUCUAGAUCUGAACGUCUACCUCUGCUCCUCCUUCAGGAAAACUUUGAGCUGAACCACAAGAGCCUUUACCUGGCGGUGAAGCUGAUGGACCACUACCUGGCCUGCAGUGUCGUCAUGAGGGAGAGCCUGCAGCUCAUUGGCACCACAGCCAUGCUCAUCACGUCCAAGUUCGAGGUGAGGCCCUGAGGGGUACGGGACUGGUCAGAGACCUGAACACCAGAAUAUUUCCUCAUGUUGCUUAGAAGCUUAACAGUUCUGACCUAAUCAUGAAUUGCUAUUAAAGUGAAACAUUAUCCUUCCAUUAGUAAGUACUGAGUAUUGUUGUCCUCCCUUAGGAAUGCACUCCGCCUUGUAUCAAUGAUUUCAUGUACAUCUGCGCCUACAAAAGGAAGAGAUUAUUGCCAUGGAGAUAAACAUCUUGCAGGCACUGAAGUUUGAUAUACACAUUCCGGUCCCUUACCACUUUCUCCGACGCUAUGCCAAGGUGAGACCUUCCUUGUCCUUUGGCAGUACUCAGGAAUGUAUUUUGAAACACUUCACGCUUCAGAGGUCUCCCAUUUUUUUUAAAAAGGAGAUGUAUUCGUUGAUAUGCUGUGUUAGUAAAUAGAUGGACACAUGAUUGAUUCUCCCUCCUCUCCCCAGUGUGUGAGGGCCAGUAUGGAGACUCUGACGUUGGCUCGCUAUGUGUAUGAGCUGAGCCUUCUGGAGCUGGAGCAGGUUCCUGAGAGAGGCUCUCGCCUGGCUGCUGCCUGUCUGCUCCUGGCCCUCAUCACUAAAGGCCUGGGAGGAUGGGUGAGUGUACAAUCAGCUGCUAUAAUCACGCCAACUCUUCCUUUGUAA